AUGUUUGCCCGCCUCGCCAUGGGCCUCGACAAGAAACCAGAACUCAUCGCCCAUCUCACCACAACUUCUUCCUCCUCCUCUGGCGGCGGCGACGACUCAGGCCCUCGCGAAACCCUGCCCGAGCGCGCAGCAAACAUCAUCCGCUACGCCUUUGUCGCCUGCCUAAACGACCGCUCCGGCACCUCAUCAACCGGCAUCGACCGCACCGGCAACCCCGAAGGAAAACGCAAAGGCAUCUACGUCCUCGCAAACCUCUGUCUAAAAAUCCUCUUCGCGUGCCGCAAAACCCGCGGUGCUGCCCAAAUCUUCGAAAACAUCUUCGUGCUGUCGCCGCCGUUGGGUGCGUAUCCAAAGGCGCAAAGGGUUACUUAUUUGUAUUAUUUGGGUAGGUUUUUGUGGGCGAAUGGGCAUGCGUGGCGUGCGCAAAAGGCGUUGGGCCAGGCGUGGAGGGAGUGUCAUGGUCAGUGUUUGCAGCAGAGGCGCUUGAUUCUAAUCUUCUUGAUUGCGGCGAACAUGGUUUGUGGACGUUUUCCGUCUGAGCAAAUGUUUGCGAGGCCAGAGGCUUAUGGCUUGAGAGAGAGGUUUCAGCCCUUGUGCAGGUAUAUUGCUCAAGGAAACAUCGUGGGAUUCAGACGGCAUCUGGAUAUCGGGUCUGAGCACUAUGCAUGGUUCUCGGGCUAUCGUUUGGACUUGCAACUGAGAAACAGGUGUGAGGUUUUCGUCUGGAGGUCUAUCUGUCGAAAGACUUUUAUUCUACACGGAGAUCCUGGCAACCCCGAGGCUCGCAAGGCGCCGACCUUCGAUCUAAGAGAUGUGCUGGCCAUCUUUCGUUGGCAGGAGACCAUUUACGCCACGCCGCCUGGAGCCUCUCAACCUGACAACUACAUCGACCCAGACUUUGUCGGUGUGGUCGACGAACCUACUGGCGAGGACGCUCUCGACCUUCCCGACAUGAACAACAUCCACUCCAAGAUGACGGCACUCAUUCACCAAGGCCUACUUGGUGGCUACAUUUCCUUCUCUAGAGAAAAGUUCGCAAUCCAAGGUGCAAAGCUCAAGGGAGCAUUAGCAGCCGGCUUCCCGAACGCUUGGAAGACCAUCGAAGCCCGCGCUGACGACGAAGUACCCGGCUGGAAACUGGAGACCAGCGGACCUGCAUUCGGAGGCGGAGUUGUACGACUGAGCGGAGCGCGACCAGUGGGACUCUCUUAG